AAGAGAGAAAGAGAUUCUUGGAAGAUCCCGGGACUGUAGUCAAGGGAGGCUCAUUUGAGUUUUGGUCUCGAUUGUGUUCGGUUGUGGAUUGCUGAGAACAAUGGCGCCCUCAGCAUGGCACCAGACGCCACACACGCCCUUCCUGAAGAUCGUGGCCCUCGUGGCACUGGGUAUGGCGGCUGCCGACUCUGCCACGGAGCUCGAAUGCAACAAGGGCUGCAGUUGUUGGGUCAAAGGCACUUUUUCGGAGGAAUAUCGUGUCAUCUGCAACAACACCGCUGAAAAGCACGUGCGGCUGACCAGGAAGGUCUUCUCCGUGCUCUCCUCCCCCACCUUCUCCACCUACGUCCGAGUGGAGGGCGUGGAAUCCCUGAGUGUGGACGAGGGCUUCCUUGAGGAGUGGAGGUCGGAAUUCCACUCGUCUGCCCUUGACCUGUGGCGAGCGGAGCGUGUGGACUUCCCCGUGGUCACCUCUCGCCAUUUCGCCGAGUCCUCGGGCUUCGAACACGUUUUCGCAGGGAUCGGCGUGAUCAACAGCUCGCUGAACCACCUUCCGCCCGGGAUCUUCCGAGGCAAGCAGGAGGCGGGGCUGCGGCUGAAGCAGAGCUCCGUGGGCGUGGUGCCCCCCGGCCUCUUCCUCGGCGUGGGCGCCCUCAAGUACUUCGCCCUCGUGUCCUCCCGCGUGGGCCUGUUCCAGGGGCCUCCGGCGGGCGAGGGCGGCAGCCUCACGCUCGGAGGGCCCAGCAAGGUGGCCUUCCUGGCGCUGGACUCUGACAUUGGAUUCCUCGGCCCCGGCGCCUUCGCCUUCAACUCCUCCGAGGUCAAGGAAGUGGAGCUCACCAACGUCACCAUCGGCAGCGUGGCAGUGGGCGGGGUGGACCUCGCUGGCCACGCCCAGCUGGCCGUCAGCAACUCCACGCUGUCUGACCUGCAGCCCGGCUCGCUGGUGCUCCGCGGCAGCAAGCUGACCAUCAUCAACAGCACGGUGGCGGCGCGGCCCGAGGCGCUGCGGGCCUUCCCCUGCUCCUACUUCAACAACCACAUCGUCUCCAACCACAUCCUCGUGUCGGCGCCCGUGCCGCUGCCGCUCGAGCGGGAGGCGGUCGUGACGGACGAGAACGGGACGGCGACGGCGACGCAGGACGACUUCUCGGGCCGGGACCUGGUCAGGUGGCUCCUGGAGGCGGUGCUGGACCCGAGCUGCGUGCCCUACAACCUGCCCGAGUGGGCGCGCUCCGAGGAGGAGGAGUUCCUGACCCUCUCCCCGCUCGGGUCGCCCCAGGUGCAGGACGUGCCGCGCAUCCUCCACCUGGGGCUCUACAGCUUCGUGGGCGUGUCCAUGGUGGCGCUGGCGAUCGUGGUGAUCCUGGCGUGCCUCCUCGCCCGGGCCAAGAGGCGCCGCCCGGGCCACGAGCGACGCACGCCGCCCAUCGCCCUCAGCCAGCUGCAGGAUCCCAUCUACGAGGACGCGCCCUUCCUGGCCCAGAGCUGCGCGCCCCCGCCCGUGCCGCCUCCCACGACGCUCCUGAGGGACAAAAAGGACGCCGGGAACUCGAAGCUGAAGGGAAGCUGCGAGGGCGCCGCGGCCAAGCCCAAGGGCGCCGUGGAGAAUGACUACAUGGUCAUGAAAGCCGUUUAGCCGCUCGGCUGCGGGACCGGAAGGAAGAAGGAAAAGGGAAAGGUUGAGAAAAAAGGUGAGAAUGCUUGAGAAGAGAGAGAGAGAGAGAGAGAGAGAGAGAGAGAGAGAGAGAGAGAGAGAGAGAGGA